GAAAAAUGAAUGUGAAUGAGGAAAUGAAGCCAAUACUUAUCAAGGAAAAUGUGUCACUUGAAGCCUACAUCAAGUAUCACAAAACUGAACGAAAGCUUCCUGUUAGUAUUUGUUUGAUUGAUGGAAAAAUUAUAGCUUACGAAGUACCUCUCUCACCUCAUAGAACGGUAGUUUUCAGAAUUGGACCGAAUAGUUAUUAUAUUGCUGAUGUUGCCAUCCAACCACAAGAUCUUCCUAAACCUCCAGCUGUCUUUCGACUGGAUGGUACAAUGGCAAUGCUUGCAAUGUGCUACCUACGUACAAAUCAAAAUAAUAUAGUGCCAGAUAAUGUCAUAUCUUUUAGCACAGCACCUCUCCAUUAUAAUACAAUAGGAGUUCUUACAAAUACUGUUAUGCUAACAUUACUGGCUUUGGGUUCUCAGCAACUGCUUACAAUGCUCCUGGUAUUCUGA